AUGUCGGAAAAGCAGCUUCGUUUACCUCUCUAUCAAGAGGCAAAGCAGACACCGGGCAGCGACAUGACCAGGCGCCCGAACAAAGCUUUCUGGCCUUUUCUGAUCAUAUUCUUGGCUUCGGGUGUAGGGGUCUUUACGAUAGGGAAAGAGUGUUUUACGAAAUGCUUUCAGCACUUCAACCAUAAUACCAGCCCGAAGACUCUCACACCAGCCUCUCGGUUCGAGGAAUUCCAACAAUGUUCCAUCAAAAGCUUCCACGACACGGGACUUGAAUUCCUGGAAACUGCAGUUCCAAUUGCCCUGGAAGACUUUGAGGAGCGACGCAACCGACUUGCUCGGGCUCUUGUAGCGGAUGGAGCGGACGCCUUCGUUGUUGAGCCUGGCUACACGUUUAAAUAUUUUGCAAACGUCAGCCAGCCCGAAUGGGAAGUUUGGGAGCCAGAAGAGCGGCCUUUCCUCAUGGUAGUGCAGCCGUAUCGCCAUUCGUCUGGCCAAGUCACUGCAAAGACGUCAUUUCUCUGUCCAUCAUUCGAGGCAGAGCGUGCUCGUCUUUUAGGCAUGCCUUUUUCAAAGCCGUUGGAUGUUGUCCCGUGGGAAGAGCAUUGGAAUCCGUAUGAGACUCUAAAACGGUCGAAUAUCUUUUCUGGCCUUGAAAGAGUCCCACGACUCAUGGUAGAUGAGGAAAUGCGCGAUUUCAUACAGCGUGGGCUGGGAGACAAUGGGUUCCAGGUCAUCGGCUUGCAAGGUGAAGUAGAGCGAGUAAGACAAAUCAAGUCCGACAAGGAAGUAGGUAUUCUUCAGGCCGUGAAUACUGGCACAGUAGAAGCUGUGCGGCAGAUGAGGAAAUGCCUCUACCCCGGGUUGACCGAAAACGAAAUCGCGGAGGUGUUGGACAAUACCCUUCGUUCCGCUGGUUUGGAACCGUUCUUUGAUAUUGUGUUGUUUGAUGAGAAUGCCUCAAAUCCUCAUGGUGGAACCAAUGGCACCAAGGUUCUCGAAGCGGAAACUCUAGUCUUGAUUGACGUUGGGGCACAUCUUCUUGGCUACUCAUCGGAUAUUUGUCGCACUUUCUUCCCUCCAUUCCUUGAAAAGCCGUCCAAGAAUGGCCCGGUCCCACCAAAUCUGGAAGAGAAACUGAAGGUGUGGGACAUCGUUCUUGAAGCUCAGGUGCAGUCUAGCCACCACUUUCGAGAGAACUCGACAGCCGCGAGUGUCGAUAUUGCAGCUCGCAGUGUCAUCAGCGAUGCAGGCUACGGUGAUGCGUUCACUCACCGAGUUGGUCAUGGUAUUGGAAUCAAAGCCCAUGAGAGCCCAUACUUGAACAAAGGCAACAGUGGAAUACUCCUCAAAGCAGGCAUGACAUUCACAUCGGAGCCUGGCAUUUACUUGGUGGACAAGUUUGGGGUCCGUCAUGAGGACAUUUUCCUGGUGCAGGAGAAUGGCGAGCCAGUUCUAUUGACAGGCACGCAAGCUCAGGGACCUUGGGAUCCUUGA